GUUUCUUCUGUAUCACUCCAAGCCUAGUCUUACUCUUAUUAGUUUCUUAAAUCGAUUAUAGGAACAGUUGGGUUAGUUGCUUACUUUUUGAGAUCUUAGUGCCCAUAUUGUAAAACGUACAACACUUUUUUCCCCCUUAGAGUAGGUUUUGACUGACUGGUAAUUUGGGAUUUUCUGGAUUUGACUUAAAUUUUCCCUUCUUCGUGUUUUUAAAUUAUUUCCCAAAGCUUUUUUUUUUUUCUUUUUGAUAUUUGAAUCUCUGAAGAUUUAGAAUCUUGAUUGAAACGAUGCAUCUGAGUAACCAACUCUCUUUGCACAACAGAUUAUGGAAGUACAAAGAAAGUUCUUUUCUAGUUGGAUGACAAAGUCAAGGAAAUAGCAUGAGAAACUAUGCAGAGAAGGAUGAAGCUGAUCUUUGCUGACUGAAGUGAAUGUUUUAGAAAUACUCUUUAAAUGAGUUGAUGUAAUACUUGUAAUAUUUUAGGAUGUAGGGCAAGACAGUGAAUUCACUUGAUUUAGUUAAGGUGUGUAUGAUUGUGUUGAUACAAGAAAAGUUAGAUACUCAUGCCCAAUGGCCAGUUGGUAGAAAAUGUUGCAAGUACUUUAAAAUAGGCCCUCAUAAUGAUAGUAGGGGCUUAGUAUUUUCAGAUCUUUUUGACUUUUCUAUUUUAGAUUUUAAAUGAUUAAGGCUGUGAACAAAUCACCUUUAAAACGACUUUUUUUUUUUUUUUUUUUAAAAAAAGGGACCAGAAAACUGGCUUAGAGUCAUUUAGGAUUUUGUUUGAAAUAUGCUAAGGUGAUAUGUAUUUAUUAAAUUUCAUAAGCCAAAUCCAGAAGUUGCACUAAAAUGACUGCCCUUGAAAAGUGGCCCGGGGAGUUAGGGAGUAUAAACCUUAGCUGCUUUCUCCUUGGAGUCUGAUGUAUUCCUUUGGGGUGUGCUUAUAUUUUCCAUUUUGCCUAGGGUUAAGAUUUUUACUCAUAUCUGUAAGGGAGGUUGUAGUUAGGAAAGCAUGGUAGUUUUUUUUUUUUUUAACUGAAAAUAAUUAUAAAUAUCUAACUUCUAUCAGGCAGAAGUUGUUCAAAUAAGUAAACAACAGGGUUAAAUCAAAACUUAAAAAAACCAAAUAAUAGACUCUUAAGUUCAGCCCUUGAAAUUGAAAUGCUCCUGCCUCAGCCUACCUGCUAGGUGGAAUUACAGAUGAUAUCAUGAUCUAUGUAUUAAUAUAGCACUUUCAAGUAACUAUUUUAGCCAUCUCAGAUUUUAACCUAAACUGGGAGAUGUUAGUCUUUGAAUUUUGACUUUUUACUAUAAAAACAUAAUCACUUUAGAAAAGUUAUAAGAGUGUUUCUCUUUUUUUCCUUUUUUUUUUUUUUUUUAAAGAUUUAUUUAUUUAUAAGUACACUGUAGCUGUCUUCAGACACACCAGGAGAGGGCAUCAGAUCUCAUUACAGAUGGUUGUGAGCCACCAUGUGGUUGCUGGGAAUUGAACUCAUGACCUCUGGAAGAGCAGUCAGUGCUCCUAACCGCUGAGCCAUCUCUCCAGCCCGAGGCAGUCUUACAGUCUUACAUAGUCCUGGCUGUCUUGGAACUCACAGAGUUCUAUCUCUGCCUUCAGAGUGCUGGGAUUAAAAUUGAGCAACCCAUACCCAGCCUGUGUCGGUUUCUUUCUUUUUUAACAUCACUUAAUAGGCUUACAGUGUGCAAUAGAGAACAGAUGUUUGGAAGGAAAACAAGACACCAUAGAGAUUGUUAGUUUCCUUCCAACAUACUGAUUAGAAAGUUUGAAAAGUAUGUUCAGGAUUUGGUUUGGUACUAACAGCCAUCUGACUUACUAGCAUAAGAAAUUUUUUAUAGAUAGGUCUUGAAUUUUUCAGCAUCAGAAGUUUUGUUGUAUUCAUAUUCUAGUAGUCUCAACUGCUUUCUGGUAAAAUUUAAAGUUAGGAUAUUAAUUUUAAAACUUUCUUAAAAUACCAUUCAUAUAGUUUAUUGGUCUUCAAAGUUAUAUUUGAGACAGGUCUUACUACAUAACCCAUGCUGCCAUCAAAUAUGCAAUCCUCCUCUCAAGUCACACCUAUAGGAACUUAAUCAGCUCUUGAAGUUAUACUUGAUGGUAAUAGCAUGACAUCUAAAUACUGCCAUUUUAGUGGGAUCAUAAGCCUGGCAAGCAAUAUUGUACUUUAUUGGUAGUAGACAUUGCUCUUGUAUAUAACUACAUCUCAACAAUUCUUUGUAUUUGGUAGGUAUUUGUCCAUUUUAUAGAAAACCUGAACUACUGAGAAGUCACUUGUCACUGGGUAAAUGGUGGAGAUAGAAUUUGGACAUAUAUAGGCCACGUGGAAGUGUUCAAGUGUAACAAGGUUAUUUCUAGUAGUCUAAUUUUAUUUUUAUUUAGGGAGGCAGGGUUUAUUUUGGCUCACAGUUUCAGGGUAUAGUUGAUCAUGCUGAGAAGUCAUAACUGUACAAGUCCGGUGGUUAAUUUCAUGACAAUACAUCUGUAAUCAGGAAGCAGAGAAAGAUGAAUACCCCAUCCACCCUCCCUUGAGACAGGAGCUCCCUGCGUUUUCUAAGCUGGCCUCAAACUCAAACCUUGGAUACCACUACGUUAGCCUUCUGACAACACCACAUGUGGCUUUAUAAUCUAGAAUUUAAGUUAGCUUUUGAUUUGAUCAAUUGUGAAAUUGGAAAAUUUAGCAUAUUCAGCCUUGGGGAGAAUUGUGAGAUGGAAGGAUUAUGUUCACUGUAAAUAAUGGCAGAUUAUAUGCUUUAAAGAUUUUGUAUUUUACAUUUUUUCAGAGCAAAAUAGAGAUUUAUUUAUAGAUAGUGAGAACUCCCAAGAGUGGGAGAGAGGCCAAGGGAUAAAUACCCAUAUUUUACUGAUUCUGCUGUGUGUUGUAGUAUUUAUUGGUUGGGCUAUUUUCUGUAGUAUAGAGAGACACAAAAAUUGCAUUGGCCUAUUGGUGGAUUGCCAUGUUUUAUUCUACAUCUAGUAUGUCAUCAAAAGUAAAAUUAAUAAUUUAAUUUGACAGUAUUCUCUCCAAAGUUCUUGGGAUAGACUAGUGAUACAGUUUCUAAAAGAUGUUCAUCUUUUCUAACAAAAUUUGCAGUUGUCUUUUUUUUUUUAAAGACCAGGUCUUAAUGUAACUGGUGAUGGAUUUACUUCCUGCCUCCAACUCCUCAGUUGCUGGGAUUGGACCUGGUUCUGCAAUUGUCUUUUUGAGUCAUGGUUUUAGUUGGAUAUGGAUAACUGAAUUUUGAAAACUGAUUUUUCUCUACAUAGACAUAAACCUGGGCAGGAAAUUUCAUAUUGUACUGGUACAUGUUGACUUAUGCCAAUGUAUUUGUUAUUAACAGUGCUGUGUUCAUUCAGCAUUGAUGUAGAGAUAAAACACAUUCUUAAAACAUAGGUAGUUUUUAGAUAGAGAAAUCCAUUUACAAAUCAGUUAUGAGCAGAUGGGAGUCACAUUGUAUAGUGAUAAUAAGGCCAGUAGAUAUCAGCCUUGGACUCAAAAUUUCAGACCAAGUUUGAUCACUGGCUGGUUUGCUAAUUACUUCAUUUUCUCCCUUGUAACUCAGGCUGGCUUUGUACUUUUUAAAAAUUUUUUAUUAGCAUAUAUAUAGUAAUGGGUUAUCGGUUUCACUGUGACAUCUUCAUUCAUGUAUAUGAUGUCAUUAUGACCCUAUUAACCUGCUUUUGUGCUCCUCCAAAUACUUCAAUAUUUAAGAAAUAAAUAUGGGUGUUUGUAUGUCUGUACCACAAGCCUGCCAUCAGAUCCACUGGAACUGGAGUUAUAGGUGGGAGCUGCCAUGUGGGUACUGGGAAUUAAACUUAAACCAAUGUCCUCUGGAAGAACUGCUGGUACUCUUAAUCCCUUGAACCAUCUUUCCAGCUUUUCCUUUUACUAAUCCCAACUAGUUUCUUUCCCAACUUUUUUUUGGGGGGGGGGCGUUGGUAGUGUUUAGGGGUGUUUAUAGCAUGGGCACCCCAGUCCACACCACAGAAGAGAAUCUUCCCCCUGCAUCAAUCAUUAAUGGUAUACAUCUUCAGAGAGGGAUGGAGGUCUAUCAUUCUCAGUUUUGUGUAGGUUUUGCAUAGGCAAUCACAACUUUUUAGUAGCCUUGCCUUGUCUAGAAGUUAUACAUACACACACACUCUUUGAGAAACUUGUGUAUUUUAGGUAUCCAAUCCAUUCUUAUUCACUGUUGUUAAAUAAAUGUUGGACAGAGGGACAGAUGUUCCAUUUAUGGUUAGCAUUCAGCAGUCAUUCUCUGCUUUAACGGUCACCUACUGCAAAAUGAAACUUCUCUUACUGGAGCUGACAGCAGCACUAUUCUAUGAGCUCAACUUGAACUUUUGAUGCUCCUGUCCCAGCUCCCUAAGUGCCGCAGUUAUGGAUAUAUGCUACUGCAUUCAGCUGGUAUUCUUUAUGGUGAUCUUGUGCUUCUGGGGAUGGAACUUAAGACUUCUUGCUUGUCAGGCAAAUGUUCUACUACUGAGAAAUAACUGAGUCCCAUCCAUUGGCUACUUCAGUUAUAAUUACUUUUAGAUCCGAAAGCUUAUAUUCUUAUUGUUUACAUGUUUUGAUAGUAGUCUGUCUUGUUUUUUAAAGUUUAGCAUAUCAUGUAUUAUAGUACAAGAAGGUCUACACUGAAAGUAAAUUGGUCAAAGAUAGUGGAGGAAAAUGUUCUUUUGAUUAAAGAACAAAGAUGCUUUUUUUUUUUUUUUGACCUAUUGCCAAUUGCUUAAAUGUAAAUUCUUUUUUGUGUGUGCUAUGUGGGUAUGGCUGAAGGGAUGGAACCCAGGGCUUGUGUGCUUGGUAAACACUCAACCAUUGACUUCUAUCACUAGCUAGCUUUUUAUUCCCCACCCCCAACCCCAAGUCAGGGCUUUUCUGUGUAUGUCCCUGGCUGUCCUUGAACUCCAGCAUCUGGCUUGUACUUUACCAGCACCUGGCUUUUUAUGUAGCUUCCAGGGAUUCACAUUCAGGGUAUUAUUGGGCUUACACAGCCAUCUCACCAGCCACUUUUAUUUUUUCAGUUGCAUUAUGGUUAGCUGUGUUGACUUUAUUGCUCAGGAUGGUUGGCUUUCACCUAGUACACACUGUAUGAUAACAUGUAAUCAGAACCACUCUUCAUUUUUAGAGCUACUAUUAUGAUAUAUGCCUAGUUGGUUAAAGAACCAGAUAUGUCACUAAGGGGUGGUGGCAGCCCAUGCCUUUAAUCCCAGCUCUCAGAAGGCAGAGGUUGGUGGGUGGGGUAUCUCUGAGUUUGAGGCUAGCCUGGUUUAGAGUUCCAGGACAGCCAGGGCUACAUGAAGAAACCCUAACUUAAACCUCCUCUGCCUCCCACCUCCAAAAUGAAUGGAUAUGUCAUUAGACAUUGUAUCCCUUAUAGUCUAAUAAAAAUGAAUUGAAAGUAAAACAGCUUAUUUAUAGUUACCUUUUAGAUAGCAUAUUUCUUACAAGUCUAUAUAAAGUUGAGUGAUGGUGGCACAUGCUUACAAUUCCACUAUUUGAGAAGAUGACAUUUGAGGUCAGCCCAGGAUACAUAGUGAAUCUCAGACUAUUUUAAACUUUUUUUUAUUUAAGACCUUGUAUCAAAAUAUAAAUAUAUGCACAGCAGUAUUUUCAGUGAAACCCAAGAGUUACUUUUAAUAUCUAUUGACCUUGAAAUGUCUUGAAAAAAAAAUAGGCUUUUUUUUUAAUUUGGGAAAAGUUUAUAUGUACAAAUUUGGUUUUCAAAGUUUAUUAAAUGAAAAUUUUCAUGUAUACAUUAGGAAUUUCAGGUUAUUAGGACAAAUUAUUUUUGUUUGUUGGCUUUUUUUGUUUGUUUUGAGAUGGGAUCUCACUAUGUGGCCUGUCCUGGAACUCAAUCUGUAGAUCAAACUGGCCUCAGACGCACAGAGGUUUGCCUAUAUCGGUCUCCUGAGUGUGUGCUAGCUCUUUUCCAGCAGUUAACUCCAGGCUCUCGAGAAUUUGAAGAUGUUUUAAAUAUUCUCCAUUCAUCUUACCUUGAACCGACCUCAGUAGCAAAUUUUAACUAUAGACGAGCUUGCUUGAUACAUAAUGAACUUUUGGAAAAAGAGUUUACAGAAAAGAGAAGAGAAUUGAAGUUUGAUGGUCGUUUAGAUAAGGAACUUUCAGAGUCUUAUGCAUUUCUCAUGGUUGAUCGGUACCAGGUUCAGAGCAUAUGUGAAAAAGGAUUGCAGGUGGGCCAGUCCAAAAUAACAGUUCUUGGCAGUCCUUCCAUGGGUAUCUAUCUUUGUAGGUAUGCAGAUCUCUUACAGGCUAAUCCUUUGGAAGCUGGAGCAGUAGGCGAUGUUGUUAUUUUUAAAAUAAUGAAGGGUAAAAUAAAGAGUAUUUAUGAUCCUUUAAGUGUAAAAAGCUUGGAAUCCAUGUUAAGUAAAAGUGCUUUGGACCCUACACCAAAGCAUGAAUGCCAUGUGUCUAAGAACGCCAGUAGGAUUACGUCCCUCCUGGCCUACAGAGCCUAUGAGCUCACUCAGUAUUAUUUUUAUGAGUAUGGCUUUGAUGAAGUAAGACGGAGACCAAGACAUGUUUGUCCAUAUGCAGUUGUGUCUUUUACUUACAAAGAUGAUGUACAAACUCCAAAGUUUGUGUCUUUGAGAUCUAACAGCUUUAAUGCAGAUAGAAACAUAGAUAAGUUUAACUAUACCUUAUGGAAAGGACAACUUUUAAAUAAAGGAAAGCUUCUGUGUUAUAUUUCUUUGAGGUCGGCCAAUCGUGCCUUUUUACCUGUCAAGCUUCCCGAGAAGUUAGAUGUUGAAACAGUUAUGAGUAUUGAUUGUUUGAAACAGAAAAUUCCUUCUUCAUUUUUUCAUAAAGACACAUACGUGGGUCCUAAUGAAGUUUUAAAGAAUGGGAUGUAUUGUAGCCUUUAUGAAGUUGUAGAAAAGACAAGAAUUGGAAGUAACAUGGAGUGUUUGCUGCAAAAACUGGAGAAAGAGAAACUUGUUCUUGUUAAACCUUUAGGAGACCGAGGAUACCUUUUUCUUCUUUCUCCUUUCCAGAUGGUUUCUUCAUAUGACCAUCAGACUGGCAAGUCACGAAUCCUGCAUGCUUUGUUUCUGUUUCAAGAACCUAGAUGCCUAAUUGUCGCACAAAAAAGUGUAACGAAUACAACCCCACUGGAGAAACAUGAGAACUUACCAGAUAUAUUAAAAAUAACUCAGUUUUUACAGUUUUCUUUGAUUCAAUGUAGAAAAGAAUUCAAAACUAUAAACACUAUAAAUUUUCAUUCCGUUGUUGAAAAGUAUGUAAGUGAAUUUUUUAAGCGAGGUUUUGGUUCGGGUAAGCGAGAGUUUUUUAUGUUUUCAUAUGAUUCACGAUUAGAUGAUAGAAAAUUCCUGUACUCAGCACCAAGAAAUAAAUCCCAUAUUGAUGACUGUUUACAUACCUACAUUUAUCAGCCAGAAAUGUAUCAGUUACCUAUUUUUAAAUUAAAAGAGUUAUUUGAAGAAAAUUGGAGACGUCAACAAUUUAGUCCACUUUCAGAUUAUGAAGGUCAAGAAGAAGAACUGAAUGGUUCAAAAAUGAAAUUUGGAAAACGGAAUAACUCAAGGGGUGAAACUACUGAACCUGGACAGCAGAAGUCAUCCCAUUCAUUGGAUUAUGAUAAGGAUAGAGUCAAAGAAUUGAUCAAUUUAAUUCAGUGUACCAAAAAAAAUGUGGGUGGGGAUCCAGAUACAGAAGAUACAAAAAGCAAAAAUGUCUUGAAGAGGAAGCUUGAAGAUCUACCUGAAAACAUGAGGAAGUUUGCCAAAACCAGUAACUCGUCUGAGAACUACCAUCCAUAUGAAGAACCUCCACAGUCUGUUGGCUUACUUGGACAUGAUCCUAACUUGAGACUGCAGCAGGAAGAUGCAUGCAGUACUGGAGACAUCCACAAGCUUUAUAACUGGAUAUCGGAAACACUAGCAAAUGCACGACACUCGGAUGCAUUCCUCACGGAGACAGUCAACAAGGCCUUAGGGUUGAGUAGCAGUGGUACCUAUGAGGAGCUAAAGCAAAAGUGUGAUUAUGAGCUGAACCCGACUUUAGAUAAAAAAGAGUGUGAGCAGCCUGCUUGUACGAAAAUUGAAAAUGUGCACUUUAAGGAUGCUCAGAGCCCAGUGCUAGAGGUUGAUGCAGCAUCCGGAAAGUAUCCUCCUCUUCUAUCCAGCAGUGAGGAUCCAAAUUUAAUUAAUGUCAAUCAUUUUGAAGAGUGCAGUCUCUGUCCCACUGUUUCCAUUGAGCAUGGACUCCUUAGACAACAUUCUAAGUCAAAUGAUGAUGAAGAGACAGAAAUACACUGGAAAUUGAUUCCAAUUACAGGAGGGAAUGCAGGAAGCCCAGAAGACCAGCAUGGGAAACAUGGUGAGAAACACACACCAGGAAUGAAAUCACCAGGAGAACAGCUGGUGUGUCCGCCACCAGCGGAAGCUUUUCCUAAUGAUCCCCGGGUCAUCAAUAGAGAAAGAAGCUGUGAUUACCAGUUUCCAUCCUCUCCGGCUACAGACACUGUAAAAGGUCCCACCGAGGAGGAGGACACUGUAGCAGGUCAGGCGAUGACAGUGGAAGAGCAGUGUGUUCCAGCAGCAGAGCUUCCUGCAGUGAGCGAGACUACAGAGAGUACAGUGUUAGGAGAGUUCCAUCUCUUCUCUAGAAAGAUAGAAGAGAUUUUGAAGCAGAAGAAUGUUUCAUAUGUUAGUUCAAUUUCCACACCUCUCUUUUCAGCACAAGAGAAGAUGAAUCGCCUUUCUGAGUUCAUAUAUUCUAAGACUUCUAAAGCUGGUGUACAGGAAUUUGUAGAUGGUUUGCAUGAAAAACUAAAUACUAUUAUUAUUAAAGCAUCAGCUAAGGGUGUGAAUUUGCCACCAGGAGUAAGCCCUAAUCACUCUCAUACUACGACAACAUUGAGUUCCCUGGGAAGGCAUGUUGUAUCAAUUUCCUCAAGUGACUUCAACAGUAAAGACCUUUUUGAGCCACUCUGUUCUGAACAUUUAAAAGAUAACAGCUCUAAUGAACAGUAUUCCUCUUCAAUGGAAGUAGAAAUUAAUCAGCCGCACCACUGCAAAGAGUUAAUGUUGACUUCUGAUCACACUGUACCUGGUGAUACUGUCCUGGAACCCACAGAAAAAGAAAUAACAAAAUCACCCAGCGAUAUAACCAUUUCUGCACAACCAGCACUUUCAAAUUUUAUAAGCCAGUUAGAACCUGAAGUAUUUAAUAGUUUAGUUAAAAUCAUGAAAGAUGUCCAGAAAAAUACUGUGAAAUUUUACAUUCAUGAAGAAGAGGAGAGUGUGCUUUGCAAAGAAAUAAAGGAGUAUCUUACCAAAUUAGGCAAUACAGAAUGUCAUCCAGAUCAGUUUUUAGAGAGAAGAUCAAACUUGGAUAAACUAUUGAUUAUUAUUCAAAAUGAAGACAUUGCAGGUUUCAUUCACAAGGUACCUGGCUUGGUGACUUUAAAGAAGCUCCCAUGUGUUAGUUUUGCCGGUGUUGAUAGCCUUGAUGAUGUUAAAAAUCAUACAUACAACGAGUUAUUUGUAUCUGGUGGCUUUAUUGUGUCUGAUGAAUCAGUUCUAAAUCCAGAAGUUGUCACAAUUGAGAGCCUUAAAAAUUUUUUGACAUUCCUUGAAGAACUUAGUACUCCAGAGGGGAAAUGGCAAUGGAAAAUCCACUGUAAAUUCCAGAAGAAACUAAAGGAACUGGGCAGAAUGAACACAAAAGCCCUGAGUCUGCUGACCCUUCUGAACGUGUAUCAGAAGAGACAUCUGGUUGAGAUACUGUCUUAUCACAGUUGUGAUUCACAAACUCGAAAUGCUCCAGAGAUGGACUGCCUUAUUAGGCUUCAGGCUCAGAACAUACAGCAGCGACACAUCGUCUUUCUAACAGAGAAGAAUAUCAAGAUGGUUUCCAAUUAUACAGAUAAUGGAAUUGUAGUUGCAACUGCUGAAGACUUCAUGCAAAACUUUACAAGUCUUGUGGGCUAUCACAACUCGGUCACAGAAGAAAAUCUUCCGUCGAUGCUUGGUGCUAAUGAGAAUCUUGAGUCACAGUCAGCUCUUUUAGAAAACGAUGAAAAGGAUGAAGAGGAUAUGUCUCUGGAUUCAGGGGAUGAAAUCUCACAUAUAGAAGUAUUCAGCAAUGUUCAUUCAGAAAUAUUGGCGAGAGAGACCAAAGGAUCAAGUGGAACAGAUCAAAAAAAGAAUAUUCAGAUUGAAUUGCAGUCAUCUCUUGAUGUGCAAACCAGUUUAUUAGAAGAUCAGACUUAUUUAAUUGAUUGUGACGAAAGAGCUCCUAUUGAUAGAGUACGCUCUGAAGGAGAGAACAGCAAUUCAGCAGAGCAAGAUGCGUAUAGCGACUUUCAGGCUUACCAAAAUCAAUUAAAAAUGUCCCAUCAGUUUAGUCAUUUUAAUGUUCUCACGCAUCAGACGUUUCUGGGGACACCAUAUGCCCUUUCAUCAACUCAGUCUCAAGAAAAUGAAAAUUACUUUUUAUCUGCUUAUAAAAACUUGGAUACAGAGAAAUCUCCACUAAGUUAAGGAUGUGUUCAAAGAGAAAUUACAGCAAUUAAAAAAAAAAGGCUGUUGUGGACUUUUUUCAAUUUCUUAAAAGUGAAUUGAUGAUUUAUAAACAAAUUUCUUGGCCUUUCUGAAAUUUUUUUUCUUUCCUGUUUAUUUAAAUCAUGGUGACCUAUAACAAACAUUUCAAGCAUCUGAAAAUUGAAAUAUAUAUUUUUGACAUAUUGUAAUCAAAUUAUCCCAUGUUAGCUUUGAGUUUUACGUAUGUUACCUGUGCUUGGGCUUCAAAUUGAAGUCUGUUUUAUAUGUAAAAUUUGAUGUUUAUAAAAGAAUGGUAAAUAGUAAUGACUUUCUUUAAUGUCAGAUGAUAACUAAUUUUGCUGAAAUGUCAACUAUUUAUUUUGAUUAAAGCUUUUGUAUAGUGUUUUUACACAGGUAUAAAAGCCAGCAGUGUAAAUAUUUAUAGGAUUUUGGCUCAGUACCUCAAGCUAUACCUAACAGUACAAUUGCAUUUUGGGUACAUAAUACCAAGUAACAUUUUCUCAAUCUUUAGGUUUAGCUAUGAAAAAAAUUGCUUCACUUAAAUUUUGGUCAACUUUUUGAGAUCUUCGAUAAAUACUAUUUUGUGUGAUCCUUUAGUUAAAUGAACUUUUAAAAAUAGGGCUUAUGGUUUUAAUUAGAACUAGGUGGUACUUUAGUGCUAUACUAAAUAAAUGUAUACAAAAAGUAUAUGGUGGAGAUACAUACAUUUCUUGUCUACUGUUACUAAUGCUAACUUCAGAAUUGUGAGAACUAGAAUCUCCACUUCAAUACGAUGAAAACCAAAUUCACAGAAGAGAAAAACCAGAAUGAAAUGAAUUUGUAUUAUUUUGGCAGUCUAUCUUUGUGUUAAUAGUACUUUUCAUGCCCUAAGAGAACUUCUAACAGAACAAACGAGCAACCUAGUUAGGUCUGAAGGAAUGCUGUGAAACAGGUCAGGAAUCUCCAGAUUCUACUGUGGUAAGUAGAAAGAAAAUGCUCUUACACCCUAAUACGACAAAGAUUUUUUUUUUUUAAACUAUAAACUUUUUUAUUGUAUUUAGAAAAUACAUCAUUUCACUACAUAAUGUGAAGUUUUUCAUUGGGUGCUUGAGAAAUGCAGUUGCAUGGUGAGCAUAUUUAAAACGAAGAACUAAAAUUAUCUUCUUGGUUUGCAGUUAAGGGUAUGAGAUUCGUUUCCAACUCCUUUUGUUUCUGGAGAAGACCCUGCAAUCACAUUGAUAUUUUAGUGAAGGUAUAUAACUAACUUAAAUAUUUUUCUCUUUCAUAUUCAUCUUAAUCCAUGAUACAAAAUAUUACUGAACUCAGGAUAGAACUGUUAUUAGACAUAGCUUGGUUUUUUGGUUUUUUGUUUUUGUUUUUUUCCUUUUUUCAGUAAUUCUUGCAAUGGACCUUCUUUCUCAUUUGGGUGUUGUCUAGCUUGAGUAUUUUCUACUAUGAAACAACAGGGAUAAUUUUUUUGUUGUUGUUUACCACAACUGAAUUUCUAAAAUGAAAUCUACUCUCAAGUGCUCUUAAGAUCAUGAGAAGACACAGUAAAAGUCUUAACAUUCCCGGUGUCUGUCUUGGCUCUGCUGAACAGCAUAAGGGUUGCGGGGAAGUGAAGCGUUAACACCACAUUCCUUCCUUUUGCUCCUGUGUAUGAGUUUACCCAGGCUGAGUCUUGAGCUCAAGUAAGCAGGGACACCAGUGGAUGGUGUCGGAGCAGGGUUGGCUUUCUAGCUUAGGAAGGCAAUAAAGGGUAAGCAACAAACAGCCACAUGUCCCCCAAGUACAGUGUAAUAGCCCCAGGAUAGGUUUAGCACAUCACUAAGUUUUAUUUUUGCCUGUGUAAAAAAGUAGUGAAAGCUUAUGCAAAAAUCAGAGGAAUGAGUCUAGGAGGAAAGUGGUGUAUAAUUUCAUUCUUUGAACAGAUCUCUUCUGUUCUUAACUUUAAAAAAUGGACCAUAUUGGUUAAAAUUCAUUAAAGCAUAAUUGUAUAUUUGUUUCUUGGUUUUAGCACUUUAUUGUGUUUUGAUGUUUAAAUGUACAUAUUUUUAAAUAAAAGUUGUCUUAAUAUGCAAA